AUGGCUUAUUACCCGGAUCUAUUUGUCUGGGUCAGUCAAGAACCAUUUCCAAAUGAGGAAAUGGAAGGAAGGCUCCCCAAGAGAAGACUUCCUGUCCCAAAGGAAGUAAAUCGCAAGAAGGGCGAAGAGACUGCUGCCGCCUCCCUGAAUCAGCUUGGAGGCGAAGAAGUCCUUCCCCCAAGAAUCACUGUGGGACACUUUGCCCCACCCCGGAGGAGAGCAAGCACGCUUGCUGGCUCGCUGGCGCUGGCUGCCGCCAUUUUCCUUUUCCUGUCUUAA